GACGACAGAAGGGAAGUACUUAAGCCAGUGGCGCGCUCUUCACACACAAACUGUAGUGCUGCUGUGUGAAUUUUAGUUGCGAAGCGAGUGAUUGGUUCCUGAAUUAAGUGCGAGUAUGAGUUCCAUCAGAAGACCAAAGCAUACAGAGAAUCCCUCUGAAAACAUCAAGAAAUUCCUGGUAGCGCCAACAUCUGGAGCAGGAAUGGGGAGGAGGACGCUUCAGGUUCUUCAGCCUUCUGCUGUAAACAAGAACCUCGGUCGUAUUAUUGAGAAUGGUAAAGCGGUGCCCAAAAGGAAGAUGUGGAGCGCAGAGCAGGUGAAGGGUUCAAAGAGAGUCAAAGCAGAGGUGGCUGUCAAAUCCACAAAUGCUGAAAAUGAAAACCAGCCUGAGGGGGUCACACAAGAGGCCUAUGAGCUCAUGAUUAAAGAAACUCCUGGUUCCUCCUAUUGGAAGGAGGUGGCAGAGGAAAGGAGGAAAGCCUUGUUCAGUGUUCUCCAAGAGAAUGAAAAGUUGCAUAAAGACAUUGAGGCCAAAGAUGAACAGAUUGCUCAGCUGAAGACUGAGAAUGAGGAGUUACAGGAACUGGCGCAGCAUGUACAACACAUGGCAGACAUGAUUGAAAGAUUAACUGGAAAAAGUCCAGACAAUCUAGAAGAGUUGCGCGAGAUCGCCUUUGAUGCUGAAGAUGAGGAUCAGGAGCAUGACAGUGAGGUUGAAGCUGAUAAAAGUCAAGACACUGAAGAAAACCCAGAACAGUCCAUAAAGCACAAAGAUUCUGCAACAGAAGAAAGCUGACAUGAGAAACUGAACUGAAAACCGCCUUGAUGGACCGACCAGUUGUUUGGUCCUAAGUGAUGAAUGUUUAACUUUCCUUUCAGAACUAAUGUGCACCUUUUUUGUUUUAAUACUUUAUUUUUUUGCUGUAAAUGAGCUUUUAUUUUCACUAUCUGUAGUUGUGCAUGUAUACUGCCGGUGUACAUAUGUAAACUUGAGUUCAUACGAUGGAAAUAAACGCCAGUUUUGUACA